AUGCAAAUAAAUAUUACACGUAUUAUAUUUAUCUUUAAUUCGGUAUUUACGGGUAUUUUUGGAUUAUUACUGAAUUAUGUGGAAUUUUGUCUACCUAGUUUAAUAACUCGUACUUAUCGUUACGGUAAAUUUUCUGUUAAUACAUAUCACCCACUAGUUGCAAAAGUAGAGGUGCCUAAAAGAUGGUUUAAACAUUUUUAUAUCUUUGCUGCUCCAACUUCAAGCUAUGUAUUAUACUUGGUAAUUUGCAAAUAUUUAUGGAAGGAUAAUAUUUCUGAAAAUGUUAUAUGGAUAUUGGAUAUAUGUUUGGGAUCAUUCAGACAAGCACUCGUAUCACCUGAAAGCACAUUUAUAGCAACUGUACUUUUAACUUUACAUUGUUGGAAACGAUUCUAUGAAACACAUUUUGUAAAUAUCUUCAGUGACAAGAUGAUGAAUAUUCUUCAUUACAUGAUUGGACUUUAUCAUUAUGUAGGAACUUUAAUUUGUAUUAUAGGCGAAUCCGAAGGUUUUGUUAAAGGUUUAAAAGGAAAUUUCUCUUGGAAGAAAAUUACAUAUCUGCAAUUAAUAUGUGCUAUUAUUUUUGUACUAUCAUCAUACGUACAGUUGAGGACAAAUUUGAUCCUUAGUAAGUUACGGCAAAACAAAGAUGGAAAGAUUAAUUCCACAACAUAUAAAAUACCACAUGGAGGACUGUUUAAGUAUAUAUCAGGCGCAUUACAACUUACAGAAAUAAUUAUUUAUAUAACACUUUCUAUCAUUUUAUGGCAAAGUUCUACUUAUCAUUAUGUUACAAUGUGGGUCUUAAUUAAUCAGGUACAAACAUUAUACAAUAUAUUCUCAUAUAAAAUUCUUAAAAAAUUAUUCUUAAUAAGGUUGAAUUACUAAUCUCAUUUUUAUUUUAGACGUCUACUGCUGUUCUGACACACAGAUGGUACGUACAAACAUUUAAAAAUUAUCCAACAUCUCGAAAAAUUCUCCUUCCUUAUAUCUUUUAA